AUGGAAAUUGCUACAGGAUUGUCAAAGAUACUUAAUGGAGAGUCGUACGACUGUGUCUUGAUAGAUGCUGACAUAAGUGAAAUUGCUAUGGUGGAUUUUCUCCAUCACACCUUUAUGCAUCAACCUCAUUUAUGUAUAAUAAUGAUGGCUUCCGAUUAUAUUCGCAUGCAACUCCUUAAGGAAACUCUAGCAAAUGAGGUAGUUAUGUGUCUCCCAAAACCAUGUAGUCAUAGGGACAUUUGCAAUAUUUGGAAACAUGUUUGUAGAAACAGAAUAUCAUUUGAAGGAUGUAACUACUCAAAUGGAGAAUCACCUGAAGAAAACCAAGAGCCCAACAUCUUCAAGAGGGUUGAUCGCAUACUUAAGAAAUCAACAACUCUUAACCCCACAUUGAUCAAUAACAACUUAUCAUCAGGAAGAGGUACUCAAGAUGGACUAAAAAAUAAGUCACCAGAGUAUGAUGCCAUGUUUAAGCCAAUAACAUAUGAGGAAGUAUGGACCAAUGAUCAUGAUCAAGAACAUGUUGUUGUGAACAUGAGAAGCAAUAACCAACUUGUUGAAGAUGAUAGGUAUUAUAAAAAGAGAAAAAGUACCAAGAAGCGGAUUACAUGGACGGGUGACCUUCAUAAAAAGUUUGUGGAAGCAAUCAAUACACUUGGGAAACAAAAAGCUUAUCCUACCGCAAUUCUAAAGGUGAUGGAAGUCCCUGGACUCACACGUAGUCAGGUUGCGAGUCAUCUACAGAAGUACCAAGAACAUCAAAAAACUAACAAGAAACCAACCUUGAUACCACAAAAGAAAAAGAAAGUAGAGACUUAUGCUUACAAAAGAGGUGGGCAAUCAUCCCCAACUAAUGAUUAUGAAUCCAUUCUUCAAUCAAGUAAUAUCCAGCCACCAUUGAUGCUUAAUUCUACAGGAAUGUCUUACAUGACUAUAGACAACAUCAAGGCUCGACUUCAGGGAGCUCCUCCAUUACCUAUACCACAACUAAAAACCACCAUUAAUAACUCUUACUAUGAUCAAUCAACAUAUCCUACUUCAAUUGGUGAGACAAGUAAGAUCACUACUUUUGGAUUAGCUGAAAGUUGUAACAGUAAUAUUGGUCAAAGCAAUGAAGUUCAAAUAUCAGACAAUAGUUAUGAAAGUGCAACGGGGCCACUAAAAAAUGGUGAACCUCUUGAAAUGGCUUCAACGGAUUUUGGUGAAGUCAUGGCCCCAUUAGAUGCAACAAAGCAAUGGGUCUCUGGAAUGGCACCUUCGUAUUAUGGUUUAGAAAGUGGGUUGCAACCAUUAGGGGGUUUUGCAAGUGUUGGAGAAAACUACAAUCUUAAGUUGUCUGAGAUCUCAAAUACGUAUGGUAUGACGAAUUCUGAUGGUGGUCGCAUUUCGGCUUCAUCAAAUCAUAAUCAUCUUAUUCAUUCUCAAGAUUUCCAAGGAAAUGGUGAGAAUUUAUUUCCGACUUUUCCCAAUACAACAGCUCUUGGUAAUGUUGAACAUUCCAUAAACCCCAACUUUUCUAAUUCAAAUUUAGUCCCAUUUGGAGUUGGAAGUGUUGGUUAUUCUCAUCGACAAGCACAAACACUGCCACCUUUCAACUCUCUUGUAUCUGUGGAUGGGAUUGAACGUAGAGUCACCGAGAGUAAUUUGUUUGCAGACGAAACUCAGUAUUUUCUUGAGAUGACCGUGAAUCUUCUUGAUGUGCUUGAUGCUGAUUUAAUAAAUGGACCAUGGUAG